CUCGGAGGCCACAAGUCAAUCCGAUUCGAGAUGAACAUUCGCCUCGCCUCCUUCGUUGCCGCAUUCGCAAGUCUGCCCAGUGACGCCAGCGCUGGUAGCUGUCCGUUCGGAUACGACUCAGUCGCCGCUGUGCACCAGGUGGACCGCCAGAUUUCAAACGAGCUUUACGACGCUCAAAACUGCGAUGUCAUCGACUACGAGCUCGUGAAGGAGGAUCUCCUGCAUCUGAUGACAGACUCGCAGGACUUCUGGCCCGCCGACUUCGGCCACUACGGUGGUCUUUUCAUCCGUUUGGCGUGGCACUGCAAUGGAUCAUACCGCCGCGCCGACGGCCGCGGUGGCUGCGACGGUGGUCGCAUCCGCUUCAACCCGGAACGCAGUUGGGCCGACAACACCAAUCUGGACAAGGCGCUCGACUUGUUGGAGCCCAUCAAACUCAAGUACGGCGACGCGUUGUCGUGGGGUGAUCUCAUCGUGCUGUCAGGCGACGUCGCUAUCGAGAGCAUGGGUGGCCCUGUGCUGGGUUUCUGUGGCGGUCGCCGCGACGACGCUGACGGUACGAGUAGUCUACAACUGGGCCCGACGCCCGAGCAGGAGAGUGUCGCUCCGUGCGCCGUGGACGGCCAGUGCAAGGAGCCUCUGGGGGCCACUACCAUGGGUCUUAUCUACGUGAACCCCGAGGGCCCCAUGGGCAACCCCGACCCGGUUGGAUCGGUGGCCGAUGUGCGCGAUACAUUCGAGCGCAUGGGCAUGAACGACCGCGAGACGGUUGCGCUGAUCGGCGGCGGGCACGCCUUCGGCAAAACGCACGGCGCCUGUCCGACAGGCCCUGGGCCCGAUCCGACACAAGACCCUCUGAACCCCUGGCCGGGAACUGCGUGGGGCAACGGCUACUUCAAGGGUCUCACUAGCCUUGAGUGGGAGAAGUUCGACGGCCCCGGUGGCCAUGUGCAAUGGCGUCCCGUUCCUGAUACGACGCCGCCCGUGCGCAUGCUGACUGCCGACAUUGCCCUGCUGCACGACCCGAGCUAUCACAACAUCUCACUCGAGUUUGCUACCAACCAGACCGCCUUGGACGAGGAAUUCUCGCACGCCUGGUACAAACUGAUGUCGCGCGAUGUGGGCCCAGUGGCUCGCUGUCGCGGUAACAACGUGCCGCCCGCUCAGCCAUUCCAGAACCCGUUGCCGCCAACACCCGCUACGUUGCCGGACUUCGGUGCCGUGCAUUCGGACAUCCGUUCGCUGCUGACCACGUCCGUGGACGGUCUGACAAGCGACUCGAGCAAUGACGGCACGCCGUACAACGGUGCUCUGUUCGUGCAUGCUGCGUGGCAGUGCGCUUCGACGUUCCGUAUCACGGACUACGCCGGCGGCUGCAACGGCGCUCGCAUCCGCUUCUUGCCAGAAAAGGACUGGCCGGUGAACGCAGGUGUGGACCAGAUCAUCGCUGCGCUUGAGCCUGUAAAGGAAUCGUACCCGACGCUGUCGACGGCCGACCUGAUCGUGCUGGCGGGCCAGGUGGCCCUGGAGGAUGCAGGCAACGUGACCAUCGACUUCGUGGGUGGCCGUACAGACGCUGAGAACGGCAACGGCACGGAAAUUCUGGCUCCGCGUCAGUACUACAACACGACCCUGAUCGCCGUGCGUGACAACAUCAAGAUUCUCGGCGUGUCUCCGUACGAAGCGGUCGCUUUGGCUGGCCGUCCACGCAGCGUGGCGCAGCAGAAGAUUCUGGGCUACAGCGGCUCGUACAGCAACAACUCGCUCACGCUAUCGAACGAGUACUUCCAGAUUCUCCUGAACGAGACGUGGACGGAGGUGUCCGAGAAGGAGUUCAAGGCGGACGGCAAGGACGUGUACAUGAUGGACACGGAUCUGGCGUUGUUGGCGGCUCCCGAGCUUAAGGAGGCAGUGCAGCUGUUUGCGUCGGAGGAGAACGUCUUCAAGCACGUAUUCUCUUCGGCCUGGGCCAGGGUAAUGACGGCCGACCAUUUCAACUCGAGCAGCUACUAA